UAAAAUAUAAAAUAUGAUAGAACUUGAUGAAAAAACACAAAAUAUCCUUCUUGAUUGGACAAUACGUAAAUUAUCUGUUUAUAAAGAUUCUAUAGGAGAUACAGUAUCAAAGGAGAAUAAAUAUACUGAAAAAGAUUAUGAAAUAUCAGAAAAUAUACGCAAAGUUCUUAUUUAUUCAAAACCAGAUGAACUCGUUAUAUGUUUUAAAGAAGGAAGAAAGUAUAUCUAUCUUGUUAUGUUAUUUUUUGUAUAUUUUUGUUAACAUCAAAAAUUCUUCUCUAUCACAUCACAUUCAGAUAUCUUUAUUUCAAACAUUAAGUACAUGGUUUUCUCGUUGUAUCCAGGCUGUGGAACAUUUUCCUUUAAUAAAAGAUGAGUUGUUAGGCAUUUUCACAGAUUCUGUUUGGAAAAAAAUGUAUGAUUUUAUUUGGGAAAGAUGGGAAAUAAAUAAUGUAAUGCAAAAUAUUUUGCGAGAACUUUUUACAAAAAUGCUUUCUCUUCAAAAAAACACUUUAUCAUGCGAUCAUUUAGAGAAAUCACUAAACGAAAUUCUUUAUAAAGCGUUAAAUGAAAAUACAUCUGUAAAAGCUUCAACAUACGUAAUUGAUAUAUUAGUGAAAUUUCUGGGAAUAAAUUCUAUUUUAGCGAUUGAACCCGAUUUUUUUACUAUACGAGUAUUAUUUCUUAAGGAUAUUACAUUAGCUCCUUCUCUUUCGAGAAUGCUAGUUAAUUUUUUGGUAAUUUUAAAGCAUGAUUUAAAUCGUCAUUUUCAGAAAAAUUCGAAUGAAAUUUGGGUAGAAUAUUGGUUUCCACAUAUUGUAGAAUGUUUUUGCAAAAAAGAUCAUACUCUUGAACAAAAUAUUACUAAAUGGUUUCUUCCAGGGAUUUUAGGGCAAUCUAUAGAAUGUUAUAAGAUCGUUAUUGAGAAGCUCAAAGAUAAUAAACAGUUAAAUUCUGAUCAAUAUUUAUGUCUUUUAAUAGCUAUUCUAAAAGUUGGUAAUAAUUCAAACGUUUUACAAGAAUUUGAUAAUCAAAGUUUGAGAACUCUUGGUCUUUUUCAAAACACUAUUCCAAAUCUUUUAAAUAGUUUAUCAAUGUCACAUCGUCUAUCUAUUUUAUCUUUGAUUGUAGAAAAUUCUAAGUUUUCUGCACCGAUUUCUUUUGAUUAUCUUAAUCUUAUAAUGAUUAAUCUUCCAAAAUUAAUUGUUGAUUCUGAUGCAAAUUCUCGGAAUUCUAUUCUUGAUAUUGUUAACAAAAUUCUUCUAAGGCUUUCUACUUCUUCAUAUACUUUUUCAAAAAAAUUAAAGAAAAUAAGCAAAAUUGAAGCAUCUAAUGAAUUAAAAUUUGUAGAUAUUUUAACUAAUAUUGAAAAUUUUAUAUUAUGGUUAUACGAUUUUGUAAAAAAUGAAAUGUUGCCUGGCUUAUCUUAUACGCGAGUAGUUAUUGCAUUAAAUAUUGUUAGAAGUUUAAUAGAUACAGGAAUUGAUCCAAAUAUAUCUUUAAAUUUUGAAAAAAAAAACAAAAUGAACUUUCAUUUUCCUUUGAAAAUAUUUGAUGCUACAAUGGUUAGGAUUCUUGCUGAUCAGUUUGUAAAUGCAUAUGAAGAACCACAAAAACUAGCUAUGCAGUUAUUAUGUAUGUCUCCAUUUCCUAUUGACGGAUUGGCACAACAAGAAGAACUUACAAUAUUUUUUAAUAGAUCUUUAGAGCUUAUUAAAAGUAAUCGUGCAAUAAAUGCUAAAGGAGGAGCUAAAGCAUUACAUUUUAUUUUUGAAAAGAUAAUAGUUAAGCACCAUGGGAUUAUAAAAACAGAAGGCUUGGUUUCAAAUAUCAAUGUUCUUGAUAAUCCUAUUAAAAUGGUGCAAGCAUUAAUUGAUGAACUUGAUAAUGCUAUUCAUAUAGGAUCUAAAGAUUUAUUAUUAGGUGCUAAUUCAUUUCCACUGCAUGGAAUUUUACUUACUUUACAAUAUAUUCUUAGUAGUGUUCAUUUAAAUAUGAAAUUGUAUAUUGAAACAAAAAAUUAUUGGAUGACCGUGUAUGAUAAAUUAAUAGAUUUUUGUGAAAAUAUAUGGAAAAUUGUUAAUCCAAUUUUAUCCGAUGAUUCAUGUCAAAUUUUACUUCCUGAAAAUAUUAUAAACAUAAAUAUAUCUGAAAAUAAUAGAAAUGAUGAAUGCUUACAAAUAAAUAAUUCAGCUCCUUCAAAUCAUAUUACACAAAUAAUACUAACUUAUUCAUGGAGAGCUAUAAAAGAAGUAAGUGCACUUUUAGCUAUUAUUUUAUCACGUCCAUUAGAUGAAACAAAUCAAUUUCUAGAAAUUAUAUAUGAACAGUAUAUUCAUGGAGGAAAAUUAUUUAAAGAAUGGUUAAUAGACAUUCGACAUCCUGGAGCAAUUUCUACAAUUUAUCCAAAUUUUAUUACAGUAUGCUCUGCUCUUUUUGCAUCUUUUGAAAAGAAAUUAAAUUUACUUCCAGAAACAUGGCUUCAAGAAAUCAUAUUUUUUUUGAAAAAAAAAACAUCAUUUAUUACUAAGAGUGAUGGAUUACCUUAUUGUAUUACUGGUAUAUUGGCAUCUGAAAUAAAUCAUACACAUCCAUUAUUAUUAAAAACAAUUGAAGAACUUAUGGUUAUAGCAGAAUUUGAUAAUAAAAAAAACCAUAUUAAUAUACCUCAAAUUUAUGCAUUUAAUACUUUAAGAACUAUUUUUCUUGAAACUAGAUUGUCAAAUAUCUCUACUAAAUUUAUUGAAAGAGGUUUUAUUUUAAGUAUUAACGGUUUUAAAUCUAAUAUUUGGUCUGUUCGGAAUUCUAGUAUGAUGUUAUUUAAUGCACUUUUAACACGUGCACUUGGAAGUCGAAAACAUAGACAAGAUUAUUGCCCAACUACUAAAACAAUGUCAACUAGGACUUUUUUUAAUAAGCAUCCCAAGCUAAAAGAUUAUCUUCUACAACAAUUAAAAGAUGACAUUUCUCAGUUUGAUAAAUAUAAUACUAAUAUUGUUUAUAUUGGAUUGAAUUCGAUUUUAACUUUAAUAUCAUAUUUUGAAGUUGCUAUAGAUUACCCAGAUAAUAGAUGGACAGGUAUGGAUGAGUUUAUACCACUUUUGGAUUAUUGUUCUAGAAGUCAUAUUUGGAAGGUACGUGAAGUUUCUGCAAAAGCUAUACCAACUAUUAUAUCACCUUAUAUUCGUAUAGCUGUUAUUAUUAAUACUAUAAACUGUUGUAAUGCAAAUAUUCAAAAUACAUUACAUGGAAAUUUAUUAAAAAUUAAAUAUUUAAUACAGAGUUGGACUAGUCAUUUAAAUAGUAAAAAUAUGUAUCAUGUUAAAGAGUUAAAAGCUUUUUAUACAAAUGUAGCAAAUGCUUUAAUUAAAAAAUUUGAUACUAUUGUUUAUAAUAAUCCGUGUGCUAUUACUAAAAAUCUUGUUUUAGAAAUAAUUUUUACUUAUUUUAUAAAACAUAAUUGGAUAAAAGAAAAUGUAAAUACAAAAUUUGAGGAAUUAGCAUUUAAAAAAGAAACAACAGAACUUUGUUGUAUGACGAUAAGAUUUUGUAUGGAUUUUCUUAAAUCGGAAAAAUCUAAUCAAAAAAUAAUUGGACAAGAUCUUCUUUUAAAACAAGUUUCUGUAAUACUUUUAUAUGGAUUAGAAAAGUUUUUUCAAAAAAUUGAAAAAGAUAUUAAAUAUGAGACGAUUGUAAUAGAACUAUUAGAAAAUCCUAGUCAUGAUGUUAAAUUAACUAUAUUAAAUUAUUUAGAACAUACUACGAAAACGACACUUAUUUCUUCUAUUAUAAUCAAUAAAGUUUUCACAAUUAUUUCUAAAGAUAAGUCAAUAACUCUUAAAAAAAAAGCAAUUUUAUCUUUAUUUAAUAUACUUAAUAUUUUACCUUUUUCAUCUUUAAAUAUGAACGAUUUGAAGGCCAUUGUGUUAGAAACUAUGAUUCUUUUAGAAGAUCCAUAUAAUAUGUAUCUCAAAGAUGUUAUUCUUUUACUAAUAUCUGUUUUAUUAUAUAAGUUAUGGUAUACUGAAUCUAAAGAAGUUUAUUGGGAACAGUUUAGUAUAUGGAUUAAGUAUCUCGAUUUGAAUUCCAACGAAGAUAAAGAUUUUACUAAAAGAAUGUCUGUAAUGCAAUCUUUAAUAUGUUUUUCAGGGCAUCUUAUUUUAAAUAAUAUUUUUAAUUAUUUUCCUCAGCAAUUAGAAAAUAUUUUACCACUUUAUUUUAUUUUAUUAAAACUUUUAAAAGAUGAUGACCGAAUAAUAAGAGAUCUUGCAUCUGAAGUUGUUUCUCGAAUCAUUUCAGAAAAAACUAUAUUUUCUUCUGUUUAUUCAUCAGAACUUCUUCUUAAUAAUUUGUCUAUUGUUUAUAAGUCUUCAUUUUUAUUUAAAGAAAAAUUGCUUAAUUUGCUUAUUGAUUUUGAAAAUAUUACAGAGUUCCAAACAAAGAUGUUGUCUUGUACUCAAAAAACUAAUAACUUAUUUAUUCAUGAAAAGAUGAAUUUAUGGAAAGAUAAUACAAGAGAUAACUACGAAAUGAUUAAAAUAUUAACUUUACUAGAUGAUGAUGAUGGAUAUAUAGUUAAUAAGUUAACAUUGUGGGCUAAUUCCUUCUCAAAAAUACUUUUACAAAUUAUUGCUGAAAAAGGAUAUGACGGCCAUUUAGGCUGGACAUCUAAUGAGGAUGUGUAUAAUAUAAUAUCGAAAUUGAUGUAUAUUAUAGAAUAUUUAGAAUCGGCAUCCAAUAAAGAAAAUGUAUCAUAUCUAGAAUUAAGAAAUUUAAUUAAGAAAAUAAUUAUAGAAGCCGAACGCAAUAAUAUUCAUAAACAUUUAUUUAAUUCAAAAAUAUAUUUAAAACAGAAGUUAUGUGGAACUUAG